UAGCAUGUUAUCAAAUACAGCUCCCUCAACUUGCCACAUUGUUGCCCAUUCGGGAAAUCAGCGUAGUUAGCCAGAGCAGCAAGAUCAAACAGAUCAAGGGGACCUCACAGGACGAUUUCAGUGGUGGGCAUGCCAUGAACAGUUAUUGGAGUAGGCUUACUUCCAAGGGCAUCUACAGCUAGGGACCCGGAGUAUCCUAUGGUGGUCCUGGAUUGUCUGGCUCGGGAUUUAUUAACUAGGUUUAGCUCUACGGAACUCUACGGUUGAUUGGAUUUCGGUUAAACACGUCAUGUAUGUUGUGCAACGUCGAAAUGUACGUCUACAUAAAUAACGGGGCAAGUGAUCGAUUGAACAUCCACCUGCUCAAAAUCGCCCUUGCACUAUUCUUGAUUCGUGAUGCUCUUCCUGAGCUUUCUUCUUCCAUUGUUGCAGCUAGCACAUGCGGCAUCCAUCAUCUCGCGAUCCCAUUCCUAUCCACUCAACCCUCGCUCGAAUACGCUGGGCCCUACAACUGACCUAAUAAUUUCCAAUAAAGUCAUAGCUCCAGACGGGUUCGUGCGUUCUGCAACUGUCGCUGGAGGAACGUCUCCGGGUCCAAUCAUCGCAGCCCAGAAGGGUGACAAAUUCGCGAUCAACGUUGUGAACCAACUCACUGACGAUUCAGCGUUCAAAGGCACCAGUAUACACUGGCAUGGAAUCUCUCAGAACAGGACUAACUAUGUGGAUGGAGUCGCGUUCGUUACUCAAUGCCCCAUUGCGCAAAACGACUCAUUUCUGUACUCCUUCGAUGCUCAGGGCCAGGCGGGGACAUACUGGUAUCACAGUCAUUACUCGACACAACAGUGUGAUGGCUUGCGUGGGGCCUUGAUCAUCUAUGAUCCCGAAGACCCCCUGUCCUACUUAUACGACGUUGACGAUGAGACCACUGUCAUCACCCUCGCUGACUGGAACCAUGCGGUCGCCCCCGUUUUGAACCAUUUCGUCACUGUCACUAGUAAUUCAACCCUCAUCAACGGUCUCGGUCGAUACGCGGGGGGCCCCACUGAUACCGAACUGGCGGUGGUCAAUGUUGAGUACGGUAAACGAUAUCGCCUACGCAUCAUAGGAAUGUCUUGCUUUCCCAAUUUUAUGUUCUCCAUCGAUGGCCAUGACAUGACGGUCAUCGAAGUGGAUGGUCACCUGACGGAGCCCCUCCUCGUGGACUCGAUUCAGGUACUUGCCGGACAGCGAUAUUCUGUCGUGCUCAAUGCGACUCAGCCAGUCGGCAAUUACUGGUUACGAGCGCUUUCAAGCACUACGGGCUCGACUUUCGACGAUGGCCAGAACAUGGCCAUCUUGCGAUACCAGGGUGCACCUGCCACAGAGCCAACUACGAACCAAACUACAAGUACCCUGCCGCUUUUUGAGGGCAACUUGCAUGCGCUCAUCAAUCCCGGUGCACCUGGUGUUCCGGGAUAUGGGAAUGCGGA